CUUGUGCUUCUUUCUUGUGCAAAGCUUUAUUAGGUCGUGGUCUCUGGCGCUUCGUGCAUGUGAAGCAGGAAUUAAGGAAAAGGUACAUUUUACCUGGUCUCCGUAGAAUAUGCGUUCAAAAUAAAAUAAGCUGAGAACAAAGUGAAGUGAAUGCACACAGUGCUAUACGCAAUUAGGAACACCUGCAAAAUAGCAACCAUGGAAAUUGUUGUUAUAGUGGCAAUUGGAGUUCUAGCCACAAUUUUUUUUGCAUCUUUUAUAGCUCUUGUGGUUGUGUGCAGGCAGCGUUAUUGCAAACCUACAGACCUCCUACACCAGUUUGACAGUAGACCAACUGUGGAUCUAAUUGGUGCGAUGGAAACCCAGAGUGAACCCUCCGAACUAGAGCUGGAUGACGUAGUGAUAACAAACCCACAUAUUGAGGCCAUCCUGGAAAAUGAGGACUGGAUUGAUGAUGCAUCGGGCCUUGUUUCACACUGCAUUGCAAUUCUUAAGAUUUGUCACACUCUGACUGAGAAACUGGUUGCCAUGACUGUGGGUUCAGGAGCAAAGGUGAAAUCUCCUGACAGUCUAAGUGAUAUAAUCACUGUAGCAAAGCGAAUCAGCCCACGGGUGGAUGAUGUUGUCAGGUCAAUGUAUCCCCCACUAGACCCCAAACUUCUGGACGCCAGGGCGACAGCUCUUCUGCUUUCUGUCAGCCAUCUUGUCCUUGUUACCAAAAAUGCGUGCCAUUUGACUGGCGUCACAGACUGGAUCGAUCAGUCCCUGUCUGCUGCUGAGGAACACAUGAUGGUACUACGGGAAGCUGCACUGGCCUCAGAGCCUGAACGAACUAUUCCAGGAGCCGAGAACUUUUGCCAAGAACAGUCUAAAAUCUAAGCCUUAUCAGUGAAAUGAUGCACUCCACUAACUGAUAUUGACAUGCAUAAUAUGGAAUAUAAAAAGUGAUGAGGAAACACUACCAAAGUUCUGUCCCAACCCAAUAGCAGUUUUGUCUUGCUGCAGAUCAUGUCUAAGAUGAACUAAGUACACAAAUAAUUCCUUUCCCUAAAUGUGCAGGGAUGUGAUGAUACCUCCUUUAGAACCCAAACAUCGAGUGAUUUAAGAUGCCCUGGGGCAGUGCAGUUUGCUAAACAGUAAAUUAAUGAAUACCGUUUCAACCAGAACUGCAACCAAAGCUAAAAAUGUUUACACUGCAGUGGUCUUAGAGUUAGUUCAAGCAUCUGUCAAGAUGUGAAAACCAAAGCUUGUAGCAUUUGUUAAUAGUGUCACUGUUAUCAAAAUUGUGGUGUGUGUUUGUGUGUGUGUGUGUGUGUGUGUGUGUGUGUGUGUGUGUGUGUGUGUGUGUGUGUCUGCAUGUUCAUGCACAUGUGAGGGCACAAGUGCUGGACUGGCUUUGUAUCUCCCAGCUCCCUUUAUACAUAAGUAAUUCCAAGAGCACUCCUUAUGUCCAAACUUACAUUUUUAUACUUGUAUUUUCAGAGAGCAGAGCAGUUCAGACAGAGAACACAAAUUAAAUUACUUGUUUUUUUAGGUAGAAGGAAUUGUUUCAAGAAACAUUUUUGCAGGAUCAUUGUAGAUGCACUAAAUUAUUUUCCUAAAAUGCUAGCUAUACUGCAGGGAUUUAUCAUUAUUAUCUUGUAAAAAAGUGCAAAGUAAUUUUUAAGAUGAAGUGAAUAAAUACUGCAGUACAGUUGUGCCAUGUUUACUUUUUGCUGUGUUUUAAAAGCAGAAGUGACUGUAACAACUAAUGAAAACAUUUUCCCAUAAACAUCCCCUACAUCCUGCAAUGAAAUCAUAAAAUUGUUCAGAAUCCUGAUACGCAGCUGUGUCACACUUUAGCAUGGCUACAUUGGCCUUACUUGAGUCAUCAAAAUCCCAGGGACCCAUGCAUCAUCCUUGCUGACACAAGUUUUCUAUGUGCAUUCAAAUUAUGUCACCAGGCAGUAGAUAACUGCAAUGUACACAACUACUGUGGUAUACAGUGCACAGCCAUGUGCACAACAAUUUGCACCUGAAGACACUCUUUGCAAGUACAUACCAUCGGUUUUCCAGCAAUUAGUCUGCUGGGAUUUUGGUGACUCAUCUGUAAACACUGUCACUAUGUGAAGUGUCAGGUGACCUCACAUCAGGAUUUCAACUAGUUCUGUCUGUAACUGUUUAUAGGUUUUUAUAAAUAUAGUUUGUAAUGCAGUGUUUCGUACCUCAAGCUGAGCAGCUGCUAAUUCAAAACAGAUUUAUUUUGUGGUAAGAUUGGAGAUGACAAACCAAAUCUUUUCUGACUGCAGAAGCCAAGUUCAGUUUACUUUAAGAAAAUUGUGCAGCUAAAAAAACGACAAAGAUUUAACAUAGCAGAAGUCCUUUUUUUGUGUUAUGCAACAUGUAAAGAUGUGUUAUUUGUAGCUUGAAUGUAUCCUGGUCAUUAUAUAUUCCAAAGUGUAACUGCAGCCAUAGGAAAAAUCCUUAUUUAAAUUAUCUGCUUUCUAUCUUUAUUGUAAUUUGUUAUACAGUAUACAGUCACGGUUUCAGAAUUAUUAGGAACAACACUUAUGCAAAAUGUACCUUCAAGUAAAAUUAAUCCUGCUUUUAGUAUCGUGAUACUAUAAAUUGUUACUGUGAUAAUUGAGAAGCUGGAAGUAUUUUAGUAUUAUACAAAGCAGUAUCUGAAACACUCUACAGAAAGUGUAGUACUGCUAGCCUGAGUUGUUUGCAGCCCACAAGUAGCAUCAGCUGUAAUAUCUUUUAAGGCAAGCAUUGUGUAUUCACAUAGAGCAUUAAAACCUGGAGAUGUGAUUGUACUCAGGAGGGGAAAUUAAAUACAAUCAUUAUUACAAGUGUGUAGGGGCAGUACCACACCUCUCAAACUCUUAUCUCAAGAAAUGUAGACAAAGCCAUAAAUAAUAGGAAGGCAAGGACCCCAAAACAUGGACCAUUUGUAAUUGUGAUUAUAAACCUGGAAUGUUGCUAGAAUAACAGGUUUUCUGUUAGCUUGCAUUUUUCUGAAGGAUAUGAAAUCAGAAACUCAAAUGUCUGUCAUUAUUUAGUGACCUCAAUCCUCAAAUGAUUUGACAGAAAACCACAAAUUUUAUGAGGAACAUUUUAAAGAUAUGAGGCAAAAAUCUGGACAGUUGAGAGGUACUGUAAUAGUAACAAAGACAUUUAAAGGUGUUUAAGAUUAAAAAAAACAAUAGCUGGUAUAUCAAUUGUAUUUCAGUUUUGUAUUUCACUGCAGUACACUUUCACCCUGACAGAUGUUAGCACAGUUUGGGGAACAGGUUGCUUUACAUUUCAGUUGUAUAUCCACUGUAUAUUUUUUUAUAAAAUGUAUAAUUAAGGAAA